AUGGCCAACCGACAACUCCCAUAUCUAAAUCAAUACAGUGGGACCAACCCGAGUCUCCCCACCCUCGAAACCAAAUCCCCAAUCACAACCUCCACCCAACCAGAAGGAGACAUAGAUACCCCAGCCCAAGAACCCUGGUAUAACCCACAAGGCUGGCCCCUGCGCACGAAACUCAUCGCCAGCGCUACAGCCAUAGUGAUUAUAUUGGCUACAAUCCUGAUCCCCGUCGAAAUAAUCAAAAACCAAUACCCAAACUACACACCUUUGAACUACACCCUCGCAGACGAAUACUCCGGCCCAACCUUCUUUGACCGAUUCACCUAUUUCACAGACGAAGAUCCAACAAAGGGCUUCGUCGUCUACGUCAACAAAUCAACCGCCAGACAUCUAAACCUCACCUAUGCAUCCGAGUCAUCAGCCAUCCUGCGCGUCGACGCUUCAACACCAAACGCCAGUUCCGGUCGGAACUCCGUCCGCGUCGAGUCGAGAAAUACAUAUGACUCAGGCCUCUUCGUCUUCGAUAUCAUUCAUACACCCUUCGGCUGUGCAACCUGGCCAGCGUUGUGGUUAACAGAUGGAUAUAACUGGCCGAUGAAUGGCGAGAUCGAUGUUCUUGAAACCACCAAUGUUGGAAGUCAUGGAAAUGAAAUCUCAAUUCAUACUACCCAGGGCUGUCAUAUGGAUGUCAAGCGCAAACAAACCGGUCAUGGUAUCUUUAACAAUUGUAAUAACGCCACGGAUGGAAACUCUGGCUGUGCUGUCAUCGGUGAUGAGAAUAGUUACGGAGAGGCGAUGAAUAACCGUGGUGGAGGUGUUUAUGCACUUGAACUCCGUAGCGCUGGUAUUCGCGCUUGGUUCUUCCCCAGUGGAACUAUCCCUGCUGAUAUCACGGUGGAGAAUCCGGAUCCGAGUAGCUGGGGCUUUGCGCUGGCGGAUUUCCCGAGUACGAAUUGUAACAUUGCGUCGCAUUUUAAGAAUUUGAGUAUCAUUGUUAAUAUUGAUCUCUGUGGUGAGCUUGCUGGGCAGAAGCAAUAUUAUGAUACUUUGUACCAUUGUCCGGCGACUUGUUCGGGCUUUGUUGCUGGCAAUCCUAGCAGUUUUGUUGAUGCUUAUUGGGAGUUUAAGAAUUUCAAGGUUUAUCGUGCUUCUUGA